GCAUGAUACGAGGAAAUCAAAUGACCAGCCUCCUCACCUGUCUGGAUCAUACAAUGAAAAUUUUAAUUUAUCAUUAGAUGUAGCUAGAAACAAUACUCGUGUUCAGAUCUGAUAAAAAAACAAAGUCUUAGCGGAUUUGCAAAUAAAUUAUGGCUUCUGAUGCUAAGCUCAUGCAUGCCAUUUGGUAUGACAGCUAUGGUGGCGGUGCUGCUGCCCUAAAGCGUGUUGAAACUCCUGUUCCUACUCCCCAAAAUGACGAGGUCCUGAUAAAACUGGAAGCAUCAAGCAUAAAUCCAAUAGAUUUUAAAGUGCAGAAUGGGUUGCUCCGUCCAAUUGCACCCAGCAAAUUUCCUUUUAUACCUGUUACCGAUAUAGCAGGAGAGGUAGUCAAGCUUGGAUCUGACAUUAAGAAAUUCAAAACUGGUGACAAAGUUGUUGCUAAGCUUCAGGAUAUGAGUGGAGGUGGACUAGCUGAGUAUGCUGUUGCAAAGGAAAAUUUGACUGUUGCAAGGCCCCCAGAAGUAUCAAUGGAUGCUGCUGCUUUAGUUACUGCUGGACUUACAGCUCUCCAGGCUCUCACAGAAAGUGCACUACUGAAGCUUGAUAAGAAUUAUCCAGAGGCUAAUGUCCUUAUUACAGCUGCUUCAGGUGGUGUGGGUCACUAUGCUGUUCAGCUGGCCAAGUUAGGUAACAUACAUGUAACUGCUACCUGUGGAGCCCGCAACUUUGAUUUUGUUAAGAACCUAGGCGCUGAUGAGGUUAUUGACUACAAGACUCCAGAGGGAGCAGCAGUGAUAAGCCCAUCUGGCAGGAAAUAUGACGCUGUUAUCAAUUGCACCACAGGUAUAAGUUGGUCAACUUUCGAGCCUCAAUUGAAAGAGAAUGGAACGGUUGUAGAUUUGACCCCUGGUGCUGGGACCUUGGCAAAUUUCGCCCUGAAGACGCUCACCUUCUCUAAGAAGAAGGUGGUGCCUUUUUUGGCUAACUGCAGAUGUGAAAAUUUGGAGUAUCUUGUCACUAUGGUUAAACAAGGUAAAGUAAAGAGUAUGAUUGACUCGAAGUAUCCCUUUAGCAAAGCUGAAGAUGCUUGGACAAAGAUCAUGAGUGGCCAUGCUGUUGGAAAAAUCAUAAUUGAGUAUUCCUAAACUAAGGGAAGCUUCUACCUCUAAACUACAUAAUGAUUCCAUGUAGCUGUGUUCAAUCCAGUGAUAAUUGAUAGUGGCAAUAAUGAUAUUUGGUUAUAUGUUACAACUGAAAUCAGCAUGUUUAAUGAGACUAUUAUGUGAUACUCCUCCU